CGCGUGCACAGGUGUGGCGAGACAUAUUUAAGCUCUGAAAGCGAAGCACCGAAGACACUUCCAAUUGGAAUACUAGUUUGAAAGCAACUUGGGAUAUGAAAGUUCUUCUCUCGGUCUUGUUUGUCAACUGCGUAUGCAUCUGCAGCUGCCUUCGGGACGAUGGGCAGAUAACGGAGCUGCUGACGAAGAACACGAAGGAGCUGACCGAAGCCAAUAAUCUGUUGACCAGCAUCAACACCGUCGGUAAAAGAAUCCAAGUGAAUCUGGAAGAGCAGCAGAAGGCUCUCCAGGUCCUAGGCCAUGUCGAACAGAUAUUGGCCAAGCAGAAUGAAUUCCUCGAAGCCCAAGCCGAGGCAUUGUUGGAAACCUUUGCAAAUAACUCCCGGCAGGGGCAUGAGUAUGCCAAGCGAACGGCAAAGGAACUCCACGAUCUGGCGCAGCUCCAGGAGGGAACCCAGCACUUGAUUCUCCACCUGGAGGCCAAGAUUGACGCCUAUCAGAAGCACUUAGUGCAAAGUGCCCGCGGCAUCGACCGGAGCAUCGACGGCCUCAGCAAGCUGGUCACGCGCGCUGUCUUGCCCCAGCUCAAUGGACUGCAGUGCUCAUUCGCCAGUCUAGAAACGUCGCAGAUCAACAUUGAAGUGGAGCUGAAGAGCCUGGCCGGCGUGAAGGAGUUGAGCGUGGACUCCAACCAAAAAUUGGGCGUUCUGGAUCACCAGCUCAAGCAGUUCAAUCGCACCCAGGAGGCUCGUCUCGAGGCACUCACCAGUGCAGUGAGGCAUCUCAGGCCGCUGAACACGAGAGAACACAUCGAAGCUGCUCUACGCGAGCUGAUCAUUUCUCAGAAGCGCAUCGAAGUUGAUCUGGAGGACUGCGGCAAGCACUCCCACCACUCCCAACAUUCUCCUCGACCUGAAUCACACUCCCAGGGGUAUAGACCCGCAGACCCUCACCACCCACAUCACGCUCCUCAGCCUGAAUCCCACUCCCACGGCUAUGGAGCUCCAGCCCCACAGCACCCACAUCACCCGCAUCACGGCUCACAGCAGGAACCCCACCUCCAGAGUUAUGGAAACUCAGCUCCUCAGCCGCAUCAUCCUCACCAACAGCAGUACCAGCAGACGAGAUCCAAGCCCGUGGAUUUGGUUCAAGUGUGGAGCAUUAAGGAACCACAAAAGCCUGGCGAGCAUCCCGAGAACCAUCGCGUGAGCGCCUAUGCCGAGUCGCCGGAACCCAAGGCAAAGCACGCAUCGUGGUCGAACUCCAGGCCGAACGGGGAGUCGGAGUCUCACCAGAGCACUUCGGUGUCCUGGCAGCACCUGCCCUGGGAGGAGGUAUCUCCCUACCAAUCCGCACCCUCCCCUAAUCAUCCCUGGAACCCAGAGUCUCCCCACCAGCCACUUCCCCGGCCACAGCCUCAGCCCCGAACCCAGCCCAAGCAGAAACCAUGCGAAGAGGGACGUUCAAACGGAUAUAUAUCGUCAUCCCCACAUUCCUAUAAACCUCAGCAGAGCUCGGGCUCUGCCCACGAUCACAUAGCUCAGCAGGGCGAAUCCUUCAGGAUCUGGUAUGGCGAUGAUUCUAUUAAAGAAAGAUACUAAAGAAACUUGGAACCGGACAAACGGAUUCCUUCCCAUAGGAAACUAUACAAAUGAUUACUGACUAACUUUAAACUUCAAAUAAAUAAACAUAAAUG